GUUCUUGAGAGUAUUGUGUGUUGUUUUGAUAUCGCGGAAUCUUGUCUCUGUUCAGUGCUGUUGUUGUUGUAUGUGUGUGUGUAUGUCGGUUACCGUUAGCCGGUCAAAACUUUGUUGUAAUUAGUUUGCUGUUACGCCUCCCCCGAAACCAUCAAACGCUUCCAACGCAUAUUGUCAUCAUAAUAAUCGUGUUGCCACCACCUUGCUUCAACUUUCGGCGAUGAUGACUGCCCCACUCCAGGACCAACAGAGCUAUUGAGGUGGUUCACAUCAUUCCUGAUUCCAGCCUUAAGACAAUUGCAGCAAAAAGCCAAUGUUUUUGCUGUUGCUGCAAGUGCUCAUGUUUUACUAAAAUUGAUCGCUGAACAUAGAACAGACUUGUCGUCAUAUACCCAGGCAAGAUAACUUGCAACAUAAUACAAUAAUAUGACUGAAGUUGAUGUUUCCAUACCGGAAGGUACAACUUUGUCGGCCAAUAUACAAAAUUCCGAAGCAGCAUCAUCAGCGGUGGCCGGGCAUCAGAAUGGAAAUUCCAAUAGCAACAACAACACAUCCAAAAUCAGUAACAGCAGUAAAGAUGAAAGCAUGGAGGUAGAUGGUGCUGAUACCGAAGAAGACGAUUCACAAAUAACAUCAUCCACCGAAACAGGUGGGGGUGGUGGUGGUGGUGGUGGGGAGCCAGGUGCAGGUGGCGACGCCAGAGAUCGCGAUGAGAACAGCAACAGUAAAACAGACAAACCUCUAAAAACAGCGGGCAAUAUGCACGAAGAUUCCUCAAACGCCUGCGAAAGUAUAUCACAGAACUGUGAUAGUGUAAAUAGCUCUGAGGGAAAGCCCCCAUCAAAUCAUACUCGGGAUUCGGACAACGAUGAUACAAACACCAACGACAGUCAUGUGGUAUCCAAGUCGCAUCAAGAGGAUAAUGAGGAGGGAGCUAUUAGUGGGGACGGUUCAACGAAUCACGUCGACGAAGCUUCCAAUGACAAUUCAAACCAUACAAAUCCUGAUCCUUUGGCUGUGCCAAAAUCAAAGAAUAAUCAAAAUGGUACUGCCUCGGCGGAGGAAAAACAGUCAGACGGUGUGGUAGAUUUGGGCGAUGAUUCCGACAUUGAAAUGUCGGAAGCGCCGAAUGAAAACGCCGCUCAUACCACCACUACGGCUAAAGCUAGUACGCAAGAUCGAGACUCUGAUGGUGCGGUGGUAAUAGGUUCCGAUUCUGAGAAUGAAAAUGAAAGUGUGGGUGCAAAACCUGCUAACGUAUCCAUGCCGACUCCACCUCCAACCAAUCCAGUUUCUGUUCCUUCAAAACCACCCCAAGUUGUAGAGGACGAUGACGACGAUGAUGAUUGUGUGGUUAUAGAGGAUGAUAGUCCGGCACCAAAUGAUCUCUCGAAGCGUAAAAUCGAUGCAGCAGGCGGUCAGGAAGAUUUAUCACAGCCCCCAAGCAAGCGUCAACGUAAUAGUCUGCCUCCUACACAAGGCCAGUUGAGUAUUAAAGAUGCCCGAACUUUGAUGCCUCCAGUCCCAGAUACAACAAUUAAAAAUGCUAUUGUAUAUCCUGUAAAUAUAACACCCGCCUCGCCAGUGCCCGGGCCUCCUAAACUAGUGCCCGUAGGUUCGCCAAUUACUGCAUCUGCUGCUGCGGCUUCGUCCUUAGCUGGUUUGCCGGGCAUGAACACCACUACUAACCCAAAUUGUUUGCCCGGUCUAACAGACGAUAUGUUUGUUCUCGAAGCACCUUCAUUUAUUGUUCCAUACAUCUAUGAAAAACCUCCUUCGGAUCAAAUUAAGGAUGUUGUCAAAUCGCUGGAAACCAAAUUUGCCUUUACAAAAGAGGAUUUGGCAGUGGUGGAUAAGACGGAUGAAUUCGACAUGAUGACCGAACAAAAUAAAGAAGAUCGUGAGGAGAAGCCUCCCAAAAAGAAGAAAAGGGGUGCCCCAGAAAAUGACGAUUCAUGGUCCGAGGAGGAGGCCGAUUCAGACGACGACGACGAUGAUUCCGAAUCAGGAAUGCGUACAAAAGUUCUCAUAAAGGAGGCUUCCGACGACAUUUCGGCCUUAAAAGGAGCUAUUAAACCUGCAUCAGCGGUUGCAGCACCUGGCAAUGCAGCAGUGACUGCUAAACCUGGCCAAGAGAAUUACUUCGAAAGCCCUCUGGGAAAAUUUUUCAUGGACAUAGGCGUUGGUUUAGUCCAGGAAUAUGUACAAAAUGAUUUAAUACGCCUGCAGAAACGAAAAAUGCGGAAAAGUUUGGGACGCAAUACGGCUGAGUUUGAGCAAGCCAUUGCCGCUCUCACAGCCAAUAUGGAAGCUUCAAAGAAAAAGAACACACCCUUCAAAUUCAAUAUGAAACGCUGUGAAUUUUGCAACUUUAAAUCAGAAUCUGCUCUUGCCAUGGCGAAUCACUAUGAAACUCCUCAUAUGAACGGACAAUUGUAUAAAUGCAAUUUCUGCAUCUUCGAAAUACGAAAUGCUACCGAAAUCGUUUACCAUAUGGAAGCAGUGCACAACAUCAAGGCACGUCUCAUCAAGCCUUUGCCUUAUCACCAAUGCCCCAAUUGUGGCUUCGAAGAUAAUGGCAAGGCCAAAUUGGCACGCCAUCAACCGGUGUGUGCUAAAAAAUUCCGACCUGAAAUCAACUUGGCUCCACCCAAUGAUUGGGAAGCUCCAGCCAAAAUUCCCCGCAUCAAACCCCGUCAUGGCUUGGUAGGAACUGCUACAGCCUAUCAGGCUAUGGCAGCUCAGGCCGCUGCACAAAAGGCAGCUUUGGCUUCUAUCCAACAGCAGCAGCAGGCUAGAAAUCUGCAGGCAGCUGCAUUGGCCGCACAAAAUGCCGCCAACAAAAUGAGAACACGGGCACCACCCAUUCCUAUUGGCAAUAAAAAUGUGCAACAACAAGUGCCCGGUCCAAUGAUACGAGCGACGAAUCAAGUUAGAAAUCCUGCAGCUACAAAUGUUGUUCUGCCCAAUAAUUAUCAGUUGGGUGUUGGCGGACAAAUUCUACCCGGCAAUGCGGCAACCAAAAAGUUAACGACAGGACAACCUAGUAUCUCGAUAACACCGCUACCUCGGCAAGCAGCAGCGCCCGGUGCUGCAGUUGGACAAGCGCCAUCGACCAGUAAAGUACCACCACCUGGUAUGAAGCCGGGUCAAAAUCCUGCCGGAGGCAAAGCUCAAUUUGUCAUAUGUGAGAUUUGUGAUGGUUAUAUCAAGGAUUUGGAGCAACUGCGCAACCACAUGCAAUGGAUGCACAAAGUCAAGAUACACCCCAAAAUGAUUUACAAUCGACCACCAUUGAAUUGUCAAAAAUGUCAGUUUAGAUUCUUUACGGAUCAAGGCUUGGAACGUCAUUUAUUGGGCUCUCAUGGUUUGGUGACAAGCUCUAUGCAAGAAGCUGCUAACAAAGGCAAAGAUGCUGGCAGAUGUCCAGUGUGUGGCAGGAUGUAUCAAUGGAAACUGCUUAACCAUGUGUCACGAGAUCAUCAUAUGACUUUGAAACCAGCACAUUUGUCCUAUAAAUGCACUGUUUGCACAGCCACCUUUGGUAUGUACAAGCAAUUCGAGACUCAUGUCUACACAGCCCACAGUACAGUGGCCAAAAAGGCUAUGGAUGGCAAAAAGAAUUCUCCAGCAUCGAAUUCAGCAGCUGGAAGUAGUGGGCGCAAUAGUUUAUCAGCAGCGAAUGACUCACUCUUGAAGCCAUUGAAAAUAAAUGAUGAAAUCACUAUUAUACCACAACCUGCAUCAAAAUCACGCAUUUCAAACAUGGAUACUCAUGUUAUUGAUUAAGUUCUUGUUUAAGAAGAUAUGGCCGAGAAAAUAAUGAAUAGACCCUCCUUUCGCCAAGUGCAGAUGUGCCAGGGUUUCACUUCAUGUUAACAGCUUGAGCAUUAAGCUUGUUAGCUUAGCAUUGGGACGACAGCAAGAUAUGCUCCAAAAAUACAAGAAUCACCCUAAAAUCUUUUUUUUUUUUUUUUGAAUACAUUUAAUAAAGUUGAAAGUUGAUUUUCCAUAGUCCAUUACUUGGAUAAAUAGAAGGAAAGGAGACAAACAAAAGAAAAACCGAAAGGCUGCUGUGUAAAAUAUAUAUAGAAAAAAAAACAAAAACAAAACAUUGAAUUUUCCUCGCCAACAAUAAGUAAGAAUUAACACUUGAGAAAGAAAACAAAACAAAAAUCUCAUAUGCAUCCAUCCAUCCAUGAAUCCCACUCAAAAAAACAUUGUCACCAAAAACUACCCAAAUACCUCUCUCCCCGCGUCGUUUAAAUUAUUUAUCGUCCUAGAAAGUCCCAUGUAUGUAUCAUUGUUAUUGAUAAGCUAUGGCCAAUUCUCCUUGCUCGGAACUUUCGUUUUAGCAUAACUUUCCAUUUUAAUUUAGACCUAUUUUAAGCAUAAACAAACAACAAACACCGUGAAUAAUGAAUUUCGUUUUCGAAACAAAUGCAAAACACAAGUUUUUCUAUUUUUGAGGAAUACAUACACACACACACACACACAAACCCACGUACACGCAUACAAUAUUCAAAACUACGAAAAGAGGAAGCAACUACAACAACAUUAUUAGAACAUAAUUACAAAAAACAAAAAAGGAAAAAGCGACAACAAAGUGAAGUUACAAAAACCGCAAGUAGUGUUGUUCGUUGGUAUCUGUACAUUAGUUAAAUACAUAAUAAGAGUAGCGUACGAUAGAGUAACUUAAACAAAAACAGAAAAGCAAAUGAUGGCAAAUAAAGCAACAAAAUCAUACAUACAUACAUAUAUUAUAGAUAUUGAAGAUAACACAACACAACAAGAAAGAUUUGAUCAGUGUGCAUAUGUUAACAAAAAAAAAAGCC